AUGGUCCUCCUGGUAGCGACAAGUCCCAUCCUUGACGCCAUCUCCUCUCUUUCCUCCUCCGAACGAUCAUCACUUCCUUCGCUACCUACAAGUCCUGGGGCACCGAUAGAUCAUACAUCGGUCGUUGCUCUCUCGCGGCUGGCAAAAGAAUGUACUCUCAAUGCUCUUCUUCGAGGGACACAUGUCUAUAUUCCGCCUCCUCCGCCAAAACCGCAGCCAUCUCCAGAAUAUGUGGCGCUCAUGGACAGACUGCGCAAAGAGCAGGAGCAGCGCGAGUAUGCGAAGUUGGUCUCAAAGAGAGCUCUAGACUACGGUCAAGACGAGGAGAAAGACGACAUUAGCCCUUCUUUGGUCUUGAACAUCCUUCUCAGCAUUGUAAUGUGUGCCGUCGCCAUGUUCUACUUGACUAGAUGGUGGCCAAACGAUGGCUUACGGGUAUUGGCGGCGUUGACCACGGGCCUUGUGGUUGGGGUCGCAGAGGUUACGGUGUAUGCUGGCUACCUGCGAAAGGUCAGUAUUAGCAAGGAGAAAGAGAGGACCAAGCGGGAAAAGAAGGAGUUCAUCGGCGAGUAUCGAGGUGAAGUCGUCGACGACUCUCUUCUCUCAGCCCCGGCGGAGAAGGAAGAAAUCUGGGGUCGCGGUGUCAAUGGCGGCAUGAGAAGAAGACUCAGAGACAAGUGGGAAAAGGAACAGGACGUGAAAAUAUCUUGA